UUAGUCUAAAAUUCAAAGACAUUGAUUGUUUUAAAAUUUGGUAUUCACAAAAGUAAAAUGGAUAAAGAAGAAAAGGGUGUUGAUUUUGUGAGAUGAGUUAUGCAGUGGGAGCAUUGGUUUCUCCAUCUCCAUCUCCAACUUCCCUCCCUUUGAUAAAUUCCACUGCUUCUGUGGAAGUGGAACAUGGGGUGAAGCCCAUUCAAGAUGGGUAUAAGUGGCGUCUGAUUUUGGCUUACGAAGGAACCCGAUACGCAGGUUGGCAAUAUCAACAGUCUCCCCCUACUGUACAAUGCACUCUCGAGAAAGCUUUAACUCAAGCUACAAAGCUUCAGAGGAAGGAUCUCAGUUUGGUUGGUGCUAGCAGGACUGAUGCAGGAGUCCAUGCCUGGGGUCAGGUUGUUCAUUUCUUUACACCUUUUAACUAUGACAAUUUGGAAGACAUACAUGCAGCUUUGAAUGGCCUCCUUCCUUCUGAUAUCCGAGUUAGAGAGAUCAGCCCUGCAUCAGCUGAAUUCCAUGCUCGAUUUUCUGCCAAAAGUAAGAUUUACCAUUACAAGAUAUACAAUGAUAGCGUCAUGGAUCCAUUCCAGCGGCAUUUUGCUUACCAUAGUGUGUAUAAACUCAAUAGCGCUGUAAUGAAAGAAGCUGCAAAAUAUUUUGUUGGGAAGCAUGAUUUCUCGGCCUUUGCCAAUUCAUCCCACAAAGAUGGGGUGCCGGAUCCGGUGAAGCAAAUAUUCCGAUUUGAUUUGAAAGAAAUGGGAGCUCUUUUGCAACUUGAAGUUGAAGGCACAGGUUUCUUGUAUAGACAAGUCCGAAACAUGGUGGCUUUGUUGCUUCAAAUUGGUAGGGAAGCUAUCCCUCCUGAUAUUGUUGCUUAUAUUCUGGCAAGUCGAGAUCGCAAAGAGCUUGCAAAAUACUCAUUGUCUGUCCCUCCUCAUGGCCUUUGUCUUGUUUCUAUCAAAUAUAAGGAAAGUCAUCUGUUGCUUCCACCAGGGUGUCCUGCAAACAGUUUUGGCAGGCAUCAUACCAUAAGGAAAUGCAAAGUUCCAUUCUUUCUGUAAUAUGCAUCAAAACAAACAGUCUAAGGUUUUUUGGGGCUAUAGUGACCUUAGGAGUUUUUACAUGCAGAUUUUAAGAAUUUUUAAAAGAUGUAAUUUCAUUGAAGUAUGUAUUUGUUUAAUUCAAAUAUGUAGUUCAGUGCCGCCACUGGUAUUAACUG